CCUCCUGGCGAUCUGGACAAGAUGCCGCCUACUCGAGAAGACAAGAUUCUCAUCAUGACGACGGGCUCGAGGACCGUCCGUGCUGUACUGGGCAUCAGCGAGCUCUUCCAGAGGCCCAGCGUCGAGGUUCUGACGAGGGCGGGCCUCGUGCUUGGAGAAACCAAGCAGUACCUCGUCGGCAAGGACCUCGACGCAGCUCUUAUGGAGCCGGGGUCCGGUGACAAGUUGCAAGUAGUUUGGCCUCUGAGAAACGGCCAAGUGCACGACUGGGAUGCCAUGGCCGCGAUCUGGCACCAUGUCGUAUUGCAAAUGAUGCCCAUCCGCGCCUCUCGAAACGAAUCACCCCUCCUCGUCUCACUUCCUGCCCCAUUCACACGCGAUAGCCUUGCGCGUGCGACUCAGAUCCUCUUUGAAACGACGAAUUGCCCCUCGCUGUCCGUCACAGAAGAGGCGCUGCUUUCCAUGUACGCGGCCGGCUCCACACAAGGAAUCACCAUCGACGUCGGCUGGGACAGCUGCGCAGCGACACCAAUCUCAGACACGGCUGGAGUGUUGACGCAUGCCAUCACAAGGAGCGGCGUCGGCAUGCGUCACGUCGCCCUCUGGCUCGCUCACCUUCUGGCCAAGGACGAGAGCGUGGUGCAUGCGCUAGCUGCUCUCGCUGGAUCGCAAGGCUCGUCAGAGGAACAGCUCUCCCGGAGGCUCUUCAGACUAGCGAGCCAUUUGAUCUCCGAGGGACACGUUCGAGCCAAGACGGAAGGUGGGGACGAAGGAGACAGGCGGGAUAAGGAUGGAGAAGAGGAGGUCGAAUUCGACGUCGCCGCUGCCCUCGUGGCUGGCCGCGAGAGAGCAGCGAUCGAGGAACAGGAGCGGAAGAACAAGGCUGCGUUGCAAGGAGAGCACCACACAGCGCCGUCAGGAGGCGCAGCAGCGACUCAGAAGGGCGCAACCGACUCAGAGGGGGCCGUCGAGACGACAUUUGAAGGGAUCAGGCUCCGUAUUCACCCGGCUCCCCUGGGGCAGGCUUGUGAACCGUUGUGGGAUCCUACGGUGCUAUUGUCGCUUAAGGGGACCUUGGCGGAAGCUGCUUUGCGCUCAUUGGGAGCCGAAGACGUCGGCAGUGGAGUCGCUCUCAGCGAAGACUGGAGCACCUGCCGCUCGGUGCAGGAUGCCGCUUUCGCCAGUGUCGACCAAGUGACAGAAGCAUCCACUCGACCUGCACUUUGGGAGAGCGUCGUCGUUACCGGCGCUCCUGUCCGAUUGGUGCCGAACCUGACUCAGGCCGUGAAUCAGGCAUGCACUGCCUUGCUUGCCUCCUCGGCCGCUGCCGCAGCCUCCGCUGGCGUGACUGGCGACUCGACGCCCAUCGCUCCCGGCCCUGGGGGUGUUAUUCUUGGAGGAAGCGGCCGAGACAGUCCCAACCUGCUGGGCAUUGCCUCUCGCGAUGCUGGCGCCGAGGGUGUCGCGCAGCCUAUCAACGUCCGAACGCUCCGUGUGCCCGACUACUUUGCAGAGUACAAGGACCGCAACGACCUGGCCCCGUUCCUCGGCGCAACCAUCUAUGCCAAGUUGGCCUUCAGCGACCCAUACGGACGAAACACCGUCUCAAAGGCAGUGUACAACGAGCGAGGCCCAGGUACCAGCUUCGCCGUUCCCGCUCUGUCAUCAUAGAGUGUCUUUCACCUCUGUAACGUAAGAAACAAUGUAAUUUUAUCGAAGAGAGG